AUGAGGAGAAUGAUGACUCCUCAAGUGAAGAAGAGGGUGAAGAGAUCAAUCAAGAGAUUGAGGAGAGUGAGCAUGAGGGCAAUGAGAAUGUGCCCAUGGAAGAGGAGAGUCAAAUGUGGAGUUGGUCCUCAAGAACAUGCACUUGGCCAAGCUCUUCUCUACCACAUGGAAUCCUACAAGGAGCUCACUUGCGAGUUCCUAGCUUCAAUGAGGUACCACAUGUAUGAGGAAGAAGAUAGAGCUGAUUUGGACCAAGGAUUGGGAUGGAUCACGUUCUUGGCUAAGGGAGAGAAGAGAAUGGUGACCUUUAGGCAGCUGGAGAUCUUGUUUGGGUUCAACUAUGGAGAGGGAACCAAGUGGAACUUCAAGGAAAAGGAACUCCAAAGGGUUUGGGCUACAAUCGCUGAUGGAGUGUACUCUUCCUCAAGGUCCAAGGCAGCUCAGAUCAGGAGCCCAGUCUUGAGAUAUGUGCACAAGGCACUUGCCAACACCUUCUUUGCAAGGAAGGCAACCGGGACAAUCAACGAGGGGAACUCAAGUUUCUUGACAUGGGAAUCAAGCCCCUUCUCUCACGCACAAGCGAUGGCAAGAGGAUAA